CCUGUCUAAUCAUUAUUAAGUCUACUUGCCGAUAUUUGAAAAGGAAAUUGAUAAGGUCUAGCCAUUGGCUCAGACUUAGUGCGGUGACGAACUAGAGUGUGCUGUGCUUGUGUUGUGUCAAAAAUGUUUUUGGAGUGCAACAAUGCAACGUAACAAAGACAUAGAACGAGGGCAGGAUGAAGCCACCCAUCCGUUGCUUAACCCGGCUGAGCGGGGCGAUUUGCGAAUCAGGAUGCAGAGGCCAAAACAAUUGGGACUGGUGGUUGGGCAGGGUGAUCCAAGCCGCCCGCCAUUAACAAAACUCCAGAUGCCCGACCUGACUCCAUCAUCAGUCAGUUCCACGGUGGCCAGCACCCCAAUCCUGGACUCUGCAGCCAACAUGUCCAAACCCUGGAGAAGAGGAGAUCGGCGACUGCAGAGGCUGAACACAGAACUGCUAGAAGCCAUUGAGAGUCAUGACCUUGAGGAGGUGGAAAAGUUGCUCAACGCCGGUGCAAGUCCGAACGCAACAUGUCGUCUGGGCCACGUCUCCGCCUGCCACACUGCUGCCCUCAUAGGGGGAGAUACCUUGAGCCUGCUCAUCAAGUUCGGAGCCGAGAAGCUGAGGAUAGACAAGCUUGGCAGAACUCCCCUCCAUUUGGCGGCCUGGGCUGGCAAUGCGAGACAAGUUGCUGUGUUGUUGGACUUUCCUGAAGAUAUUCAGGAGAGAGUUGGCACGGAGAGCAUGUCUUCAGAAACGGAGGAGGAUGUCAGAAAACUAUGUCCUCUCAUCAAGGAGCUGACGAAUGUCCGCUGUGAUCUUGGCGAGGUCGCCAUGACCCUGCCUAAACCUUGGAAGGACAAUAUUGACCAUGAAUGCCGUGAUAUCGUUGGAAGUAUGCCGCUAUUCCAACCUGGUUGGACUCCACUGCACGUGGCGACCUCGUGCGCUCGGAAGCAUUGUACCAGGUUACUGCUGGCUGCUGGAGCGGAUCCUAACAUCACAGAUGUUGAGGGCCGAACGCCACUAGAUGUCGCUGGCUACGCUUAUUAUUACGACCAAGAUGUUAAUGAGAAACACCUGGUCGAAGUAAUAAAGAUGCUUCUGCGAGCUGGUGGUCAUUUCAACACUAUGAAGAACAGUCAGCUGGAUAACCUGGAUACACCACUCCACACUGCUGUGGAAAUCGAGAGCUUGGAUGCCAUUCAGGAACUCCUCGACGCUGGAGCAGCUGUCACCUGCUUGAAUAGGGCAGGACUUACUCCUCUUCAUGUGUGCGUCAAGAAAAACCUUGAAGAACAUUUGCAGCUUUUAGCUAACUACGACUACAUGAACGCGAAUCCUCUGUUAGCAAUAGUAGAUGUCAAGGACAAGGAAGGUCAUUCAGUUCUGCAAGCUGCCGUUGAAGCUGCCUGGGUCCCUGGUGUGUGCAUCGCCUUGGAAGCUGGUGCUGAUGUCACUUCUAAGGCCAAUGAUGGAGAAACUCCCAUUCAUUCAGCAGCAGCAUUAGGAAACUUGGAUGUCCUUAAUGAAAUCCUCAGCAUAGCCAAACAGAGAGAUGCCUUAGACUAUCAGAACGAAGAAGGAGAAACCGCUCUAUUCAAAGCCAUCAUUCACGGUCACUUAAACUGUGUCAAACAAAUUCUCAACGAAGGAGCCAAUAUGAAAAUAACUCUUCCAGGAGACGUGAAUAUAUUACAUGUAGCUGCUGACUAUGGACAUCUAGAAGUACUGAGAAUCCUUCUAGAGUUUAAUGAAACCGUGACCAAUGCUUUAAUCAACUCACUGACAGCUGCCGAUCGAAGAGGCUUUGGUCCUAUACAUUUUGCAGUAUAUAACAACCACGGUGCCUGUGUCGAAUUAUUAUUAUCAAAAAUGGCCGACAUUAGAUUAAGAACAACAUGCAGCCCUCACAAAUCUUCAACACCAUUGCAUUUGGCUGCCGUCAAAAAUCACGUAGACAUAGUGAAGAUUUUGCUCAAAUUCGAUAAAACUACUGUUCAUGAAGUAAAUAGCAUGGGCUGGUUUCCAUUACAUACUGCCAGUCACCAUGGAUGCAGGGAUGUCAUUACUCUCUUGUUGCGAGAAGGAGCAGACUUGUCAGGAUACACCGAUGGACCGAAGAAAUAUAGAAGAACUGCUAUAGACAUGAUUAUUAACAAUCUGUCGAAGCCCACAGAGUUUAUGGAAGAUGUAUUUGAUUCGUACAUUUCAAGUAAUGGUCAAGAUUUGCAGGAUCAUACCUGUCAAGUUACUGUGGAUUAUGGAAUUUUGAUGCCAACUGUUUGUGAGAUGGAACAAAUGAAAGUUAUAGAAGCUCUCCUAAAAACUGGGAACAGAUAUGGACAGAGAAAAUUACUCGUCCAUCCGUUAGUGGAAAGUUUCCUAUUCUUAAAAUGGAAGGCUUUGUUGCCAUUUUUCUAUACAAUCAUAGGUUUAUACGCAAUAUUCUUGUCUUCUUUGACAACUUUCAUCGUGUCAGUAUUUUUCUUCAGAGAUACGAAGGAAGAGACGCCGGCGUGGCUUGAUCCGGCGGUAUGGAGUUACGUAGUUUAUGCUACUAUCGCUUUGAUACUUAUACAGGAACUCCUGUACAUGAACGUGAAAAGCAGUAGAUACUUCUUACAAUUAGAAACCUGGGUCAAGUUUGGAUCACUUGGCUUCGCAGUCAUUCUUCCUUACACCGUGGUGGUGGUGAACCUCAAUGAUGAUGAGUGGCCAAGACAUGUGGCUACCGUGGCCUUGCUUCUGUCCUGGCUGGAGAUGAUGUUCUUGCUGUCCAGGUUUCCCAACUGGGGGUACUAUGUCCUGAUGUUUGGGAAAGUCGCUUCUAACGUUGUGAAGAUUCUCCUAACAUUCAUGUUCCUCGUGAUAGGCUUUUCCCUCAGCUUCAUGAUACAGUUCCGUUCACAAAUGCCCUUCGACGGUCCCUGGGCUGCUCUUGUGAAGACCAUCGUCAUGAUGACGUCAGAGUUCGACUACGUCUCUUUAUUUGAUGAAGAGCAUUCCAAAGAACUGGCCACAUCCCUCAUCAUAGUCAGAAUUAUCUUCCUCAUCUUUCUCAUCCUAGCAGCUAUAGUACUCAUGAAUCUUCUAGUCGGUGUAGCGGUUAAUGACAUCAAUGAUUUAGAAGUCCUAGGCAACAUAAGAAGGUUGGUGAAACAAGUGGAAUUUUUGGGGACAUUAGACACUUUGGUUUAUAACAGAAUAUUCAAUGCGAUAUUACCUAAAAGGUUGAACACUAGUUUGAAGAAUAAACGCAAUGUCCUUAGCGUAAUGACCCUGAGGCCUGGGAAGCCAAGGUGGAGACACUCUAGAGCUCUUCCCUCAAGGAUAAAAGACGCAAUUUUCACGAAAGCGCAGAUGCAACAGAAACAAAUUGAAGACGAAAUGGGUCUCCAAGCUUUCAAAACUAAAUUAAACGAUAUGCAUGAAGCUAUCAUGAAAAUAAAUAAAGAGAAGGAAGAAAAACACGAGCCUGAAGGACCGAAAGUGCCAGAAAUUGAUUUGCCUAAGUCCAAGACUAAGUAUGAUGAAGUUGCAGCUCAGUUGCAUGAAAUAGAUGAUGCUGUGAUAGAAAUAAAGCAACAGAAUAAAUGUUAUGAAGAGGAAUCGAAGACUGCUAUAGAAGAGUUGAAUGUUAAGAUAGAUCAGGUUGCAGUGGAAUUAGAAAUGAUAAAGCAGUUUUUGGCGAGAUUAGAACGUAAGCUUGGCAGAUGAGAAUAAAGUUUAUAAUAGAAA